CUGGAGGCAGACUCGAAAUCGGAUCGUAACGGUACCGCGGAGCGCCAUCUGUCGGAGCUGGAACGCACGACCCGGUUGGUGCAGCAGCUGGAGUCGGUCGAGACGGAGUACGAGUCGAUUAUCAACAAGCUGCCACGGGACUGCAGCCAGAUCGAGCGGCUCCGAGGGGCCGGCCGGCCGGCGGAGCAGACGGGCGACGGGGGCCUCUACCUGAUAGCGCCGGCCGAGCAGCACCACCCGCUGAUGACGCAGUGCUUCGGCGAGUGGACGACGGUCCAGCGGCGCCAGGACGGCACGGUCGACUUUAACCGUUCGUGGGAGGAGUACGCCGGCGGCUUCGGGACGCCGGCGGGCGAGUUCUGGAUCG